AUGUCUGAGACAAAAAUGGUAAAUAAGAGCAAAAAUGGUAUUCGUGAAAAACUCCACAGUGCCAUUGCAUGGCUUUUUACUCCCGGACACAAAAGUAUUGAAUAUUGCAAGAACCAGGGCGAAGGAGAUCAUCAGGUCUCUGCUGCCGUGGAUGGGUCCUCAUCGUUGGCAGGUGAUGGGUGUCCGCUGACGACGCCACGCUCCAAUUUAAAUGUAAAAAUCAAUCGAGAGGGUCUCCAGCAGGCGGCGGUGUCGGCAGCGACAUCCCAACAUGCAGGCGAACUCUCCACGCGAGCUGCUGGUAACAAUCUCGAUUUGGAUUUGGAUGCUACCUCAAUUGAUCACAGCGAGUUCUUUUCGUUUCUUGAGGACGUUAUUGGAGGCAAACAUGUUGAAAUGCUGAAGGAGCUAAACCAAUUGCACGAAUCAAACUCCAAUAGCAACGUGGAAGCCAACGCUGUUGACUCACCUUCUUCGGCUCCCGUAGAAAGUGGAGAAGGUUUUAGGGAAAGUGUUCUGAGGGCGUCCUCCUUUCUUGCUCCUUGUGUAGAAGCACAAGGACAAAGUGAGAGGAUUUCGGAAGUAAAACAAGACACCUUAGCUAAUAAAAAAGAGAGAGACGGCGCUUCUUCGGCUGCUCGCUCGCUCAAGGGCUAUGAGCUCAUUGCAUAUCUUGGUAAAGGCGCAUUUGCCGAGGUUACUUUGGCACGGCACAAAGCAACUCAGAAGCUCUUUGCGCUAAAGAAGAUAUCAAAGCGAAAGGUGCGAGAAGAGGGUUGUGUGCAGCGUACCUUCACGGAACGUCAGUUGCUUGCGUCACUUAAGCAUCCCUACUUGGUGAAGUUGUAUCAGGCAUUUCAGAGUCUUACGCAUCUAUAUCUUGUUCUUGAAUUUGCUCAGGGAGGAGAUAUGUAUUUUUUUCUCGAAUCGAAACCAUGGCUGCGGGAGAUGCGUCGUAAAGUUCAAAAAUUGAGGAGGCUUUCCUUUUGCAGUGACACGGCAUGCCCAUUUCCAGGCGGCGCGCAAGACGAGUCUGAUCCGACGUCGAAUCACUCUUGUCCUCCUAAGCACUUGAUUUCAACCGUUUCCUCUUUCAGUAGCACAAUACAAUUGGCCCCAGACCAGAGCCGUGCACCAAUUCGUUUGGUCGCCUUUUACGCUAUUGAGCUUGCGUUAGUACUGCAGUAUCUGCAUGAUCACGGCUUUGUCUAUCGAGACCUUAAGCCGGAGAAUGUUCUUAUUGCACGGGACGGCAACUUGAUGCUUACCGAUUUUGGUGUCGCGAAGUAUUACGGCGGCACAAAAUUGAAGAAAUCGGGUGCUGAACGAACGAAUAGUUUUACCGGUACGACACCAUACAUGAGCCCGGAGAUGCUUCUUGGGGAGCCACAAGAUGCCCGCAUGGAUUGGUGGAGUUUUGGUUGCAUCCUUUUUGAAAUGGCAACGGGACGACGGCCCUUUGAAGGGGAGAGUCAAUAUGCUGUCGUGCAGUCUAUUGUCGAGCGUGAUGUAGAAGUUUGCCAAGAUGACUUUCUUCUCACAUCGCUGGAAAUAGAGAGACGUGUAAUGCAAUUGCAGGAACGGUACGAAGCAUACUUGGUUCGAGUAGUAGAGCAGAUUAAAAAAUGCAAGGAAAAUGGGAGUAUGACAGAGGAAGAACGGACACAAUUUAGUGGUUCCCUUGAGGACGCACAAUUGACGUUUACUGUAGAUGCAGCUUCCGCGCUACAUGAUACCAGCUCUUGUGGUAGCAAAAAUUUACUUGGCGAUGGUACACGAAGUUCGCUGGGUGAAGCAUUUUGCCGCACCUUUGGAAGUGAAACACUGAACGCAAAAUCUUCCAUGACUAUUGAAAAUCAAUCCCUGUUUAUGAAUUUUGCCGUGGGAGAGUUGGAUGAGGCGUGUGAUUUGUUAAAAGACCUUAUCUGUUCACUGUUGGAGCGCCGUACCGACCGGCGCUUAAGUGGACCAGCGGUGCUCGAACAUCCAUUUUUCUCGUGUCCGUAUGUCUGUUCCCAGAUAUAUUACAAACAUGAUGCUCGCGUGGAUCCCGGCGACAUUUCUGGCUUUUACGUACCGACUAAGUGGAGAAACAGUUUUUCUUCAGGCGGUCACUUUGCAGAAGAUGAGAAGAAAAAUGAAAAUGGUGAGAAAAAUGACGGACAUGAUGCGGAAGAUGAUGAUGGGGGCACAACGGAGCUUCAAAAGCAUCUUGGUGCUGCGCGCUUCCUCGCCCAGUCCCCGACCCAGCGGCCGGACAACUGGCGCGAGCUCUUUUUGGAGGGAGUGGUGUCAUCGUUGUAUGUUCCCCGCCUCUUGUCGGCGGACGAUCUGCGUUACUUUCCACAUGCCGUGACGGCGACGGGGGAUAGUGUUGUCACUCAGCAACGUGCUCUGCGGGAACAGAUACGGAGAAAACACGGUGCGCUGCAUCCACGCGGAGGUGAAGGCGACCACCAGGCUUCUCCCCUCAGCGUCACCCAGAAAGGAGGCCAUCCGUUGCAUCAAGAAAAUCAAAUGAGUGAAGAAGACGAGGAUGUUGAGACUUUGCCACACUCGGCUUCACAGCGAAGCUCCUUGGUAGAGUCAUUGAGGGGGAGUAAACAUGCGGCUUUCGCACAUGAAGAGCCAUUAUUUAUGGGAGAAACAGUCAGCAGCUUGGCAUUUCCACACCAUGACAAUUUCAGCGUCUACUCAGUUUCGAGUCUGGAGGUGUCACCUGCAAAAUAUCCGUCUUUUCUGGCAAAGUCAUAUGGCAGGUCAUAUAACAAAGAGUGUUGUAAUGAAAUUGGAAAAGAAACUGUAACGGAGCCAAUGGAAGAGUCCUCUAAUCGCCUAAAAUUGUCGGCCUUGGACCUCUCUUAUUCCACCUCAGCAGAAGCAGCAAAAGCAACAGCAAAAACACCGGAAGCAACGCUUGGAGGGGUUUUAGCGGAAGUGGCACCUUCCCUCAUUUCUCAUAGCUUUCCUUUGCAAUUAGGAGAGUCACAGACUGCUGCCCACCAAGAGUUGCACCCCGACUUGGGUAGAGCGUACACAGCUCCAUCGGAAAUAUUUACAUCUACGCCCACCAAAUCAAGGGAUGCUUUACCUUCAUUUAAUUUAUCCACUGGGAAUUUAGGGGCAAGAGAAGUCCUAUCGUCUGACACGUCUUAUGUCACCACUGAGGAUGAAGACAGCACUGGGAAUGCAUUUGACGAUAUCAAAGGUCAAACACAGGGGACACUUCAUGGUAUUGCGUACGAUGUGGACGAUUAUUUUCCAAGUUGUACAAAACAAAAAAGACUGUUGUUAAAGAGUAAAACAGGUAUUCCGACCCAAAGGCCAUCUAAGACAAAUAGGAGUAUCGUUAGUGUACAGCGAUUGAGGCGAAGUUUAUUAGAUAAAAGAGCAACAAAAUUUUCUCGACAGUUGGUGGCGAGCGCGAGGGCAUCGCCAACUGUUCCUCAGCAGCUCCCUAUGUGUGCUUCAUAUGAAACAUUUGCGUUCAAGAGUCCCAAAAAGAAUUCCCACAAGACUGACAGCGAAUAUGAUAACAGGAGAUGCAGUGAAGACAUGGAGGGCCGCCGCUUAUCCCUUCUUUCAGUGUAUUCCCCAAUGUUGUACACCGCCACCGUCUCGCCAAGGUCACCAAAGAAAACGGAAUUUUUAAAUAGUGACUCUUUGGUCCACGAAACAAAUAUACUCCCAGGCCUUUGCAGUACGUCUCGGACGGGCGCGAAUAGCGAUUCAGUUGAGGAGCGCCCUAAUUCUCCCACAAUGGAGAGCUCUUCGCAUCCUGGAAACGGUGGUGCUGGUACUAGCGUGCAGCACUACUUGGGCUUCACAUUUGACUCAAGAGCCGGCAACGCCUUUCUCCUGGGGAAUACAUCCAACGGCGGUAGCAACGACAAGUGGUGUUUUUGA